UCCUCUUGGCGGCCAUGGCCCUGCAGAGGGCGCUGGGCGGGGUGGCGGCGCUGGGACGGCGGCGGCAGCAGCAGCAGCGGGACGGUUUUAGAAUGGAGAAUAGUCUGCCUACUUCUGUAGGGUUGUCUAAUGAUGCUGCUGUGAAUCAAAUACAGAAGAUUAUUUCAGACAACUGUGUGGUGAUUUUCUCUAAAACAACAUGCUUCUACUGCAAAAUGGCAAAAAAACUUUUUGAGGAUAUGAAUGUAAAUUAUACAGCUGUAGAACUGGACAUGAAUACAAACGGAAGUCAGUUCCAGGACAUUCUUGAACAGAUGACUGGUGGCAGAACAGUCCCGAGAGUGUUUGUCAAUGGGACUUUUGUUGGAGGUGCUACAGAUACUCAAAGGCUUCAUGAGGAAGGCAAACUGCUUCCAUUAGUUCAUCAAUGUCAAGUGAAAAGAAAAUCCUGAACAGCCAUCUAGCUUAGCUUAGUCUUUCUUUGUACAAACAGGAUUUCAGACAAGUUAGAAGAUCACAAAGAUACACUGCAUCAGCUGGACUCAACAACUUCAAGCCAUGGAUUUCUGAAUCGUAGAUCAUUCUCAAAUGACGCAGACUUUAUGGACUUGGCAAAUUACUUGGUGUCCUUGCCUCAGCUUUACCACAACAAAAAUGGUGAUUAAAAAACAUUAUGUAACUCUUGGGGCUCUAAGUGUGAGAUAGUGAUGUCAUCUUACUGCUCUUACAUCCUGGUACUAAGCUUCGGAGAAGUAUAAACUGUACAAGAAGAAUCCUGUAUCUUUUUUUUCUGCAAAUUAGCUUGCUCUCUAGCUUUGUUCCAAGAGUUACAAUAAAUGGUCAGUCUGA